AUUCAUAUUUCUCUCCCCUCCCCUGGUCAACCCCGUAACCGUUAACCUCUCCCUUCUCCUCUACCUUCGUCGCCUUCAUCAUCGCCAAAAAAACAAAAAACAAAAGAGAAAGAAAGAAGAAAAACAUCCCCACAAUACCGCAAGAGGAAGCGACGACCAUUUCCGAUCAUCGCAGGGCGGAGAAGAACACCAGCCAUGUCGUUCUCGGACUCCGACUCCUCCCAUGGCGGAGAUUACAAAAACUUUCGCCAAGUCAGUCGAGAACGCUUGUUGUAUGAAAUGCUUCAAUCAACCAAAGCAAAGGACUCAAAAGCAACAUGGAAGGUACUCAUCAUGGAUAAAUUUACUGUCAAAAUCAUGUCCUAUUCUUGCAAGAUGGCAGAUAUUACGGAUGAAGGAGUUUCAUUGGUGGAAGACCUUUACAAACGAAGGCAGCCAUUGCCUUCAAUGGAUGCUAUAUAUUUUAUCGAGCCAUCAAAAGAAAAUGUUGUCAUGUUCCUAUCAGACAUGUCUGGGAGAAUUCCAUUAUACAGAAAGGCAUAUGUAUUCUUCAGUUCGCCUAUACCUAAGGAACUAGUGUCUUACAUUAAGAAUGACACUAGUGUGAUACCCCGCAUAGGUGCAUUAAGUGAGAUGAAUUUGGAGUAUUUUGCUAUUGAUAGUCAGGGCUUUGUCACUGACCAUGAGAUGGCCUUGGGGGACUUAUUUGGUGAAAAUGCAGAAAAAUCUCGCAAGUACAAUGACUGUAUAUAUACUAUGGCCACUCGCAUAUCUACUGCAUUUGCUUCUUUGAGGGAAUUUCCUUUCGUGCGCUACCGUGCUGCCAAAUCUUUAGAUGCUUCUACCGUGACCACGUUACAUGAUUUAGUUCCUACAAAACUUGCUGCUGCUGUUUGGAACUGUAUUUCCAAGUAUAAGUCUACAAUUCCUGAUUUUCCCCAGAAAGAGACAUGUGAAUUACUUAUUGUUGACCGAUCUAUAGACCAGAUUGCACCCAUCAUCCACGAAUGGACUUACGAUGCUAUGUGCCAUGAUUUACUGAAUAUGGAUGGAAACAAAUAUGUAUAUGAGAUACCAAGCAAAACAGGAUCAGCACCCGAGAAAAAAGAGGUCCUUUUGGAAGAUCAUGAUCCAGUCUGGCUUGAACUUCGGCAUGCACAUAUAGCAGAUGCCAGUGAAAGGUUACAUGACAAGAUGACCAACUUUGUUUCAAAGAACAAAGCAGCUCAACUUCACCAAAGCUCAAGAGAUGGUAGCGAGAUAUCGACCAGGGAUCUGCAAAAAAUGGUUCAAGCUUUGCCACAAUAUAGUGACCAGAUUGAGAAACUUUCGCUUCAUGUAGAGAUUGCAGGAAAAAUAAAUAAGCUGAUUAGAGACACAGCACUUCGAGAUAUUGGGCAAUUAGAGCAAGAUCUUGUAUUUGGAGAUGCAGGAGCAAAAGAAGUGAUUAAUUUUCUGAGGACAAAGCAGGAUGUCAGUCCUGAAAAUAAAUUACGGUUGCUGAUGAUUUAUGCAGCUGUUUGUCCAGAGAAGUUUGAGGGUGACAAAGGGGUAAAGUUAAUGCAGCUUGCAAAACUAUCACCAGAUGAUAUGAAUGCUGUCAACAACAUGAGAUACCUAGGAGGAUUAGCUACCAAAAAGACAUCAGGAGGGAGUAACUUCUCUUUGAAAUUCGAUGCUCGGAAGAAAAAUAAUGCAGCUAGGAAAGAUCGUGAUGAGGAGGAAACAUGGGCCCUAUCACGAUUUUACCCUAUGAUAGAGGAGCUGAUCAAAAAACUUAGCAAAGGAGAGUUACCACAGAAUGAGUAUCCAUGCAUGAAUGACCCAAGUCCUACUGUUCAUGGAACAUCACAGACUGCAUCAGUCCGGACAACUCAAUCCCAGCCUGCCAACUCUGUGAGAUCCAGGCGGACUGCCACAUGGGCUAGGCCUCAUAGUUCUGAUGAUGGGUAUUCAAGUGACUCUGUACUGAGGCAUGCAUCUAGUGAUUUCAAGAAGAUGGGCCAGCGCAUAUUUAUUUUUAUCAUUGGUGGAGCCACUCGAUCUGAGCUUCGGGUGGUUCAUAAGCUCACGUCAAAACUGAAGAGGGAAAUCGUCCUUGGAUCUUCUAGUCUUGAUGAUCCCCCCCAGUUCAUUACUAAACUGAAGCUGCUGACUGCUCAAGAACUUUCAGUGGAUAACCUUCGUAUUUAGUUCUUCACCACAGCACUGCAACAUAUGAUUUAUAAUUUGAUGGUUUAUCAGUACAGGUUGGUCUUAUCACAUCAUGAUAAUCUCUCUCACUCUCUCAUGUAUGGAUUUCCUAUCAUUUUUCUUUCAAUGAACUAUGCGAAACUGCAUCAUGGCCAUAUUUUGGAUUCAAGCUUGUUGGCAGAGAAAGUUUUGUAUCAUCUACCACUACAUUCAGCCUUUGGUUACAUUAUUUGAAUUGUACAUAUUAUAUAGAGCAUAUGUAAUAUGAAUGACUAUUGAUCCAGAAUCAAGUGGGAAGAAAAUGGAGGUUCUGUAAAUAUGUUGCUUCUCAUGACUAGCACUUAGUGGGAAGAUUGUUGCCUUGGGAUAUUUCAGAGGUUGCACCUUUGUUGCAUUGGGCCAUCCAAGUUUGAGAACCUUUGUUAUGUUUGACAGGCUCCCAUAAGUGUGGAUGCAGUUGAUGAAUAGUGUGCUAUCUGUAUCCAAAAUUGCCAUGAAUGUGGAUGAAUUGUUAACUUUCA